AAGGAAAUAUAAAAAUAUCUUCCCAAGAAAAAAAAAAUAAAAAAAAGGGGGCCGAGGAAUCUCUUAUCCAAUUUUAUCUACUUUGCUUGAUUAAUUUUCGUCGGUCCAUUCUUAAAAAAACCCACCUUUCUCCACUUUGAUUCCAUUUUUUUUUUCGAUUUUAAUUUCACUCUUCAAAUAAUAGCCUUAAUUUUGUUCUCAUGGUCCCAUCAAAAUUUCCCAAUUUCUUACCACUGACUACAGUAUGAUCUAACACCCUUUUCAAUUUUAGAAUUUUUCGAAAUUGGGUUAUUGUUUUUUUUACAGGAAAUUGAUCGUUGAGGUCUUAAAUAGAAGAAUCUCACGCUCUUUGAUCGUCAUAAAAUUCCCAGAUUCCUUCAAAGCUUCUCUUUUUUAACAGGACUUGGAAGUAGGAGAUGGGGUCAUUACACGGACCAGUCGUUUGCCCUACAAUUCGUGCUAAGCAGGUCGGUGUUUACCAAGCACCAAUUAGUGUCUCUUUGAUGAAGGAUGCCAUGUUCAGAAGUGCAUUUUGGGGUUAUAAAAGUGUACGUCAACGAUCUACUAAUGCGAGCAUGCUUACGCGCCCAAUUAAUAUCCGAAGGUUUGGUACAGUUCAUUGCACUUUUAGUUCGUCUUCCAAUGGAAGUGGUAACAGAGCAGAAAAGGAAAAUGAUGAGGAUUAUGUCAACUCCAGUGUAAUUGAAGCUGUUGAGGUGAAAAGUGGUUCAGAUGGUUUCACAAUUAAGAUGAGAGAUGGCAGGUUCUUAAAAUGUGUCCAUAACAGCCCUCAAGGUGGCCACCUUCCAGAUUAUGCACCUCAUCCGGCCAUUGUGCUUAAAAUGGAAGAUGGAACGGGUCUUCUUCUACCAAUAAUUGUUUUGGAGAUGCCUAGUGUGUUGCUCAUGGCUGCUAUCCGUAAUGUACAUAUUGCUAGGCCAACAAUGUAUCAGAUUAUGAAGGAAAUGAUUGAGAAGAUGGGAUAUGUAGUCAAACUUGUCCGUGUAACUAAGAGAGUCCAUGAAGCAUAUUUUGCUCAGUUAUAUCUCACAAAGGUUGAUAAUGAAGAUGAAUGUAUCAGUUUUGACCUUCGACCUUCAGAUGCAAUUAAUAUUGCUGUAAGAUGCAAGGUGCCUAUACAAGUAAACAGGAACCUGGCUCAAAGUGAUGGUAUGAAGAUAGUUGAAUCUCCAAAGACGAUAAAUGUGGGCCUUGCAUCAGAUGUCAUGUCAUUCACGGAAUUGGAUCGGCCUAAUGGUCAGCCAUGUAUAGAAACAACAGAAUUUAACCUGCUGCGCAACAUGCUUAAUGCUGCUUGUGAGGAGCGUUAUCAAGAAGCAGGUGGAAGCUAACCCUGUGCUGUGUAAGUGUGUAACAUAAGAAGAAUGUACAGGGAGCUUUUUAACAAAAUUCACAGCCUUAGAACACACUAAAUGUGUUUACAUGUCAUAUGUGUUGAUUGUUGAUACCUUGGUGAGUUGGUGCUACAAGAUCUCAGAACUCUAAUUUUUACAUGCCUAAGCUCUUAAAUUGACUUUGCUUUCACCAACUUUCAUGAGCAAAAACUUAAUUUGACUCCUAUAUACGGAGCACUUGUAAAGUGAUUUAUUAUGUUGUUGCGGGUUGACAUACAGCAUGUCUCAGUCUCAUCUGAGACUAGCUUUUAUACUUGAAGAAAUUUAGCAUAGGCUUCUCUUUGUUAUAUUAAUAAGCUUACCCUGCUUGAUACAUUUCAUCUUCUGAAAUGAAUACCUUUAAAGCCCUCUAAUUAUUUUUUUUG